UUAGGGGUGGGAAUAGAAAACAGUCAGAAGUUUUUCUGACUUCUUUUCUGUGCUUGCGCGCCUUCAAUGAGCUGUUCAUUCAUAGUUGGACUAAGAAUGGAGGACACAUUGCAACAAGAGAAACAAGAGCUGGAUUUUCAAAAUCCAAAUGAGGACCAAGGUGGGAUCCGUCGCCGAUUACGAGACCGGGAUCUUCUUAGGAAGAGAAAGGCUGAAGCAGAACAGAAGGAAACUAACCAGUGGGUUUUUGGGGUGGCGAGCCAGAGAAAAAGAUCAAGGGGGGAUGAGAAGAGUGGCACAAAAAAGAGAGGGAGGCCCAGGAAGACUGAGCCCACAGUGAUGAUGCCUAUCGUUCAGGGAGAGUCAGCACUUGCUCAUGAAUCUCCUGCAGUAGUGGUGGUGCCUGAACCUGUGGGGAUCAUCUCAGAUCAAACACCAGGAUCUCUAACCCCCUUACUUGCUGCUGAAAGUGGUGACAAACUGGAAUUGCAGCCACAAUCUGCAAUUGCUGCCCCUGCUUCUACACCUCUGUUUGGAUCUGUCCAAAGCUCUGUCCCUGCUCCUUUUCUGACUCCUCCAGCACCACUGAACCAGACUCCAGCUCCUGUUUCCCUCUCAGCUCCUGCUCCUGCUCCAGCUCCUGCUCUUGAUGUUCUUGAUGCAGCUGCAUUUCCUGUCCAAAAUCCAGCUCCAGUUCUGUCCCAAGCCUCUGCACCAGCUGCUGCUGCUGCUUCUGCUGCUUCUCCCGCUUCUCCCCAAGUAGAGACCCUCUUCACAGAGUCACAAGGCAGGGAUGCAUUUGACCAGGUCCUGAUUGAGGAUUUGGGACCGGAUGAGGAAGAAGACCUCAUUCCACUUCAAGACAAAUCAGCCGAUGAAGAUCUGACCGAGACUCCGUUGCUCAACGUACCUGAACAAAACAAAAUGUUCUCAAUUCCAACUUUGUCCACUCAACCUCCACCGCAAGAAUAUUUCCCUAGGAAUUCAGUCUAAUUCGUGAAAACAUAACAUAACAUUUUCUAAUGCCACCUCAGCGCUGUAUCUGAGUAUUAAGUUGGUUGUUAUAUACAGAAUAUACAGUACAUGCUAAAUGUAUGCAUUGCUUUGUUUAAAAAUGUAUGUAUUCUGUUUGCUUAUUUAUUCUUUAUUUGUGCUUCACUGCGAAGUUCACAAGUUGCAUUUUGUACUUUAAAAGUUAAUUAGUCACUGUUAACGAUGUGGUUUUAAUUGUGGAUCAAUUUGAAUUUGAAUUUUGUCUUUGUGAAUUUGUUUUUUCACCAAAUAAAAUACACUGCUUACAUAAUCUUA